AUGACUCCAACCACAUACUCAACGAUGUGGGUCUUAUGGAUCUUAACGAUGAUGUUGCCACGUUUUGUUCAUGGAUUCGAGUCUUACGAUGCAACGAUGGUGGAAUUUCCAGCACCGCUUACGGAGAGUGACUUCAACCCCAAAGCUGGUUUUCAAGUGAUUGAAUUCUUCAGCCCUUACUGUCCUCAUUGUAAGUCACUGGCUCCCAUCUGGAAGGAUAGCUGGGAAACUUUCUAUGAAGAAGGAAGAAGACAAAACAUUUCAUUGUUGCAGGUUGACUGCGUAGAAAGUGGGGAUCUCUGUAAAAGUGAGAAAAUUAUGGGAUUUCCGUCUAUUAGACUAUACGGUCCCAAUGGUUUCAUCGAAAGCUUUCCUAAAUACCGAACCAUGUCAAAGGAUAAUAUUCUUGACUUUGCUCGUCAAGCCGUUGAUAAUCCAGACGAUAUGGAAGAUCAACAGAUAGGGAGUCUCAGUGAACUUGUUACCGCUGAAAAAUUCGCAAAUCUUUUGGCAGGCAAAGGGCAGCAACCGUAUCUACUUUCCUUUUGGCCAGCGAAAAACGCAAGAAGUGCUGACGGUAAUAUAGAUUUCAAGAAUUGUGACGAAUGCGAUACAUUUCAGAAAGGUUGGAAGACACUUUCUGUUAAAUUAGCAGCUUUGGAUAUAUCGACUGGCCACUUGAAUUGUGAAUCCUCGGCUGCGAUAUGCACAAAUCUGGGGUUCUCUAGCUUGGUGAAAAUAACUAACCAUAGAGUCGAUAGAAUUCCUAAGGUGGCAUUAGUUGUACCGGAGAAGACAACAAACAAUUUUUUUACUUACGAUGGGCCUUUUUCAACUAAAAUGUCUGUCUAUGAGGAUUUUGCCAAACGAACAUACUUCAACAGCAGAAUCAUGACGAUAUCCAGCGAAGAAAUUGUUGAGAUCACCCAAAAAGAGUAUAAGCUCUCAGGAACACAUGAAAAAAAACCUCAGAAGCUUCAUUUGGUAUAUUCAUAUAACCGGGAAACAGCGGUACCAGAAGAUCUUCAGUUUUUACAAAGUCUUGUUGAUCCUGUCUCAAAGAUUUCCAAUGCAUAUCUGUAUAUAACGGAAGAAGAUCUUACCCCCGUCGUAGUACAGAGCUUUGAAAGCAUGUACGAAAUGAUCAAUUAUAACACAAGCGAGCCGGAGAAAAGACUCAAAGAAGAAUAUAUAGACUUCAACAUCAUGCCUGACAAUCCUAAUUUCUUUAUUUUUAGAGAUGGCGACAAAAUACCUCACACAUUUCAAGGUUAUUCAACAACGGAAUUACGUAACACUGAUACAAUAAUGGAUUGGGUUAGAGAAUACUCUUUACCUAUGGUGAACGAGGUAACACCGGACAACUUCGCUCAGAUUUUAGCAUUCAAUUCAGAGAUGUAUGAUGGCGUUGCCAUCAUUCUUAUUAAUACCAUUGAAACUGAACUUACAAAUAAUAGCAAUGAACAUUUAGAUAAGCUCAGGGUUGGUUAUUACGAUUACGAGCAUGUUCGCAUGGGAAAAAUGAUCGAAGAUGUUUCGGUUAAAAGAGAGCGUAGAUUGAAAAAGGCCAACCGGCUAAAGGAAAAAGGAUAUAAAAAGAGUACAAUCCUUGAGGCUGCAAGAGAAGAAAUUUUACACGAGGAUAACAAGAAAGUGAUUAUUAGUUUUUUGGAUAUCUCGAAAUACUCAAGUAUAUUGAAUAAACUAGGAGUAACUCACGUUCUCUCGGAAGAUGAUAUUGGAAAAGUCAUAUUGUAUGAUAAAUAUACCAAAUCGUAUCACAAAAAAGAUAUAUUUGGUAAUGACUUCAUUGCGGAACCAUAUACUAUUCGGGAAACGUUAAGUAGUGUAUUCCUUUCUCAGAAGCCAGCACGCUUAUCUAGAAUAGCAGAACGUCUAUUUGGCCCUCUUUUUUGUGAAUCGCUGAAGAAUUUUGAUAGUUUAGUUGGUGUUUCCGGCUAUGCAAUUUUUAUUGUGUUGAUUCUGGGUUGUUUGAAGGGCAUUAAAAUCUGUAGAAGAAAAAGGAUCGGAAAAAGAUACAAAGCCAAAAGAGAUGUCAUUGGACUAUUGGGUAAAAAUGGAAACAAAAAGUCACUGGACUGA